AUGCUCACGGAAUGUGAGAGGAUUCUGGGUGAAGGCCUUCUCCGUCUUCCUUCGAAACACGAGUACCGCUAUGGACCUAAGGCGGAGAAAGAUUUGUUAGAGCUGCUUUUUCGAUCGCUCUCCGGUAAUAACGAAGAGCACUUGCGUCAGCUAUUCCCCGAAGGACUCCCAGACGGUCCAUGGAAGCUAGCCGAAGCUCAAGGUGCGAAGGAGGGCGCGGAAUACAGUGAAGCUGCCCGGGGCAAGCGAUGUGGUCAUAUUUUCCGCGCCGGGGAGGCUACCUACCGGUGUGUAACAUGUGCUGCAGACGAUACCUGCGUGCUUUGCAGUCGAUGCUUUGAUUCGUCCGAUCAUACGGGGCACCAGUACCAGAUUUCCCUCUCUUCGGGAAAUUGUGGCUGUUGUGACUGCGGGGAUGAUGAAGCCUGGAGACUUCCGUUGUUCUGUGCGAUCCACACAGACAGCGGUGAUGCAAAGAGCAAGGAACGGGCCCGGAACCAAUUGCCGCAGGAGUGGGUGGAUAGUAUCAAGCUCACGAUCGCUCGAGUGCUCGACUAUUUCUGUGAUGUCAUUUCGUGUUCGCCCGAACAGCUGCGACUGCCCAAGACGGAAGAUGGGAUUCGACAGGAUGAGGAGAAAUCUCGGCUAGGCCCUGGAUGGUAUGGCGAGGGAGACCAGGCGGAGGAAGAGCCGGAAUUUGCUCUGGCGCUCUGGAACGACGAGAAACAUACAAUCCGGGAUGUUGCUCAGCAGAUCAUCCGUGCGUGUCGAGAGCGGGAAAGGUUCGGCCUGGACAGAGCUCACGAAACGAAUGACAUUGGACGAAGUAUCGUCAAAUACUCGAAGGAUUUGCCAAGGUUGUUGGCUGUGUCCAAGAUUAUUGAGCAGAUCAAGGUUACUGUCACAGUACGAUCUGCGCGUGAUACUUUCCGCGAGCAAAUGUGUGCCACCAUUGUUGAAUGGCUGGCCGAUAUUUCUGGGUGUAGCGUUCUCGAGGAUAAUGAAAUUUUGCGCCACACCAUCUGCGAAGAAGUGCUGAGUCCCUGGCAGAAGGGGAGUGGGGCUUACAACGCAGCUAUCGGGUUGAAGGGCAUCGAUGACCAUCAAAGAAGCGAGAAUACGCCGUUUCGCACAGUCAUGCUUACUGUGUCGCCCCAGGGACAGGUCGUUUUGGCGGCCGACGACGACGACGACGACGACGAUGAGGAGGAGGAGGCACCUAACCCCGAUGGGCCGGCUGAAAAUGAUGAAGAGAAUGGUGAAGACGAAGAAGAUUUCGUGAUUGAGGGCCCCAACGAUGCUGACGAUGAGGACGAGGACAUGGAAAUUGAUAUCAACCGCCUCAACGAAGAGGCUGAUGAGGAUGAAGAUGUGGUAAUGGACAAUACAGGGGAUGCGUUCAAUAUCACACGGGCCCUGCUAGGGCUCCAAGCGCAGCGACGAGCCUUUUUUGAAAACACGCCACCUGAGGUGCCGGACAGGCAACAAGAACCUGAAGAACCGGAAGAACUGCAACAACCGCAACAACAGCAAGAGGAGGGGCAGCAGCAAGAAGCUGAACUGCAAGCACAGGAGCAGCAAGAGCAGCAACCCACUCCUAGCGAGGUUGUCAGUGGUGACAACCGCGAGUAUGGGACCAUGUCUUAUGUUUCUAUCCCAAAGACUCCGACAGGAACUGUAAAACCAUCCCCCGCAAAGACACCGGGCCACUGGCAAGUCAAGCCUUCUGUUCCUGCCAAGGGUGAAAAGGUCCCGGUUUACGAGGAUCUGUGGCAGCGGACCCGGCUCGACUGGAUGGUUCUCUUCGAUCUACGGCUCUGGAAAAAGACACGAACAGAUCUCCGCGAUCUUUAUAUCGGAACGGUGGUCAACGUUCCUCAAUUCAAGCGAGUUAUGGGCCUGCGCUUGUCCGCGCUGUAUACCGCUCUGGCACAGUUAUAUUUGAUCGCAGAUCGAGAGCCGGAUCAUUCUAUUGUCAAUCUGUCCUUACAACUUCUCACAACACCCUCUAUCACAGAAGAGAUUGUCUUGCGUGGAAACUUCCUGACUAAGGUUAUGGCCAUUCUUUAUACUUUCCUGACUACCCGGCAGGUUGGUGAACCCUAUGAAGUUAACCCUAAUGCGACAUUGGCAUUUGAUGCUGGAUCUGUGACGAACCGACGCCUCUAUCACUUCUUCCUGGAUCUCCGUUAUCUCCUUCAGUCCGAAUACGUGCAACACCGUGUACGAACCGAGGAUCAAUAUUUGUCUCAAUUCCUUGAUCUUGUCAAAUUGUCUCAAGGAAUUUGUCCCAAUGUACGGGCCGUCGGAGAGCACGUGGAAUACGAAACGGACGCUUGGAUCAGCGCAUCAAUACUCAUGCGCGAAAUCAACCGUCUGUGUCGCCAGUUCUGCGAGGCCUUCCGUGAGCCUGAAAUCGACAAUGGUCAGAACCUGGUGAGGGCCAUUAAGGUAGCAACCAUAGCCGCAAUUGUUCACUCUACUGGCGUGGAGCGCAAACGCUUCGACCAGGCUGAGAUCAAGGAAUACGUACGGUUUAAAUCUUUGCCUUGCUUCGAUUUUGAGGUCGACCACUCUGGCCAGAUUCCCCGUCAUCGUGUGGUGGACUUUGUUGUCGAACGCGGCUCGAUCAGUUUCCAUCAUGCUUUGCACUACACCCUUUCGUGGCUUAUUGAAUGUGGUCGUAGCGUGAGCAGUGAUCUGAUGCGCGAUGUACUGUUGGACGCAGCUCAGACAGCGAAUGACAAGUGCAUUCACGAUAGCCAACUUACUCCAGAGGACUUGCUUCUUAGCAUGUUUGACUACCCCCUCCGAGUUUGUGCCUGGCUCGCGCAGAUGAAAGCUGGGAUGUGGGUUCGAAACGGUCUCAGCCUUCGUCAUCAGAUGUCACAAUACAGGGGAGUUUCGUCUCGCGACUUUGCGUACUAUCGUGAUAUCUUCCUUCUCCAAACCGCUCUGGUUAUCUGUGACCCCAGCAGGGUACUCGCAUCUAUUGCUGACAGGUUUGGAAUGGCUGACUGGAUGAUCCGGAACUACAUGCCCCGUCCUGGCUACGAGGACACCCAGAUUCUUGAUGUGGCUGAAGAAUUCGUUCAUCUGCUCGUCGUCCUGUUGACCGAUCGAACUUCCCUCACUGCCUUUGAUGAUAGCGAUACUUUGACUCGUGAAAACAUCAGCAGAGACAUUGCCCACGUGCUGUGCUUCAAGCCGCUUUCCUUCUCUGACCUUUCAACCCGCCUUAGUGACAAGCUGCUUGACUCGGAUAUGUUCCAAGAUGUUUUGGAGGAGGUCGCAGGAUUCCGACCACCUGAGGGGUUGAACGACACCGGUACCUUCGAACUCAAGCCUGAAUAUAUCGAUCUCAUUGAUCCGUACAGUGCACACUACACCAAGAACCAGCGCGAUGAGGCAGAGAACAUUUAUAAGGAGUGGAUGGCCAAGAAGACCGGAAAGAAGGCAUCGGAUAUUGUUUUCGAACCCAAACUGCGGCCUAUCAGUGCCGGAGCCUUCUCGGACCUUCCUCGCUUCACAAGGACACUGUUGUUUGCUCAAGUUGUGCACCAAUGUCUUGACUAUGUGGUGUCGUCGAAAGACCGCACUCCAAACAUUCCUUCCACACGGGUCGAAACUUUCCUACAAGUUAUUCUGCAUUUGAUCCUGGCAGCUACACUGGAAGACAAGACUGAAGAAGAUGACAUUUCCGAGGAUUCCACCCGGUCCUUUGUGUCUCAUGCACUAUCCAAGGCCAGGAUGACGCAAGCCGGAAACUUGACUAUUAUUAGUCUUUUGGAGAAGAUCUCCGUCAUGGGUGAAUUCUCCGCUUGUGGCCCCAAGAUCCGUCACAUCCUCAAACGACUCUGGCAGAAGCGACCUCGAGCAUACACUUCGGCAACCGCUUCCCUCCGGUUCCCCUUCGACAGGAUUGAUACUAACUCUCCUGCUAUUGAUACCGAUAAUGAGAAGGAGCUCAAGAAGAAGCAGGCCCUGGAACGGCAAGCCAGAGUCAUGGCCCAGUUCCAGCAGCAACAGCAGAACUUCUUGAAUAGCCAGGGUGGUAUUGACUGGGGAGAGGAAGACUUUAGUGACCUCGAGUCGGAGCCAGAGGCGGCCCCUGAGGCGAAGGUCUGGAAAUAUCCCAGUGGCACCUGUAUUCUUUGCCAGGAGGAAACCAACGACUCAAGGCUCUAUGGUACAUUUGCCUUGAUACAGGACAGCAAUAUCCUGAGGCAAACCGAUACAAGUGACCCAGACUGGAUUAGAGAAGCCCUCAAGACCCCAUCCACCCUGGACAAGUCCGCCGAUGAAGUUCGCCCAUUCGGAGUUGCAGGCGAGAACCGCACUACAGUGCGCAGAUUGGACUCUACUGGUGGAGAGGUCAUCAGUGAGAAGGUUGGCUUGAGCAAAGGGUUCAGUGCCAAAAACACCAUGCAUGGACCUGUUACAACUGGUUGCGGACAUAUCAUGCACUAUUCAUGCUUUGAGGUCUACUACACUGCGACUCAAAGGCGACACACUCAACAAAUCGCUCGCAACCAUCCCGAGCGCUUGGUUCUGCAAGAGUUUGUCUGUCCUCUUUGCAAGGCUUUGGGCAAUUCGUUCCUCCCCAUUGUCUGGAAGGGCAAGGAGGAGUCAUACCCCGGUCCACUAUCCACUUCCGUGUCUUUUGAAGAGUUCAUGAACACCGAUAUCAAGUCUGCUCUGUCGCAGGCACCAAACUAUACUGCUCUUGGAGAGCAUGACAAGAUGCAGCCACAGCCUUACCGGGAACUGUUCACCGAUUAUUUAUCAAAGACAUUGGUGCCUCCUCUUUCUACCAAGAUAGACCAGCUCAAGACGGCUUCUGUUCCAUCGACUGUGCAUCACUUCCCGCCCGCAAGAAUGCCGAUGCCCGGUCUUUUCCCAAGUGCUGAUGACGUUACUGCCACAAGCCCGCUCCAGCAGGUCUCCACUCCCGGAGACAGUCCCAUGUCGGAGCUUCUUCAGAUCUAUGAGCGACUCAAGAAGACGUUGCGUUUGAACCAUAUCUUUUCGACUUUCAAUCAUCCUCCAGAGUCUAUCCACGGGCCCCAAUUGAUCCACACUGACUCGCUGGCUCGCAGCUUUGGGUUCAGCAUCGCUGCUGUCGAGAUUUCACAGCGUGGGGUAGAAUCGGAGCCUGGCUCUACUUUGCUUGAAAAGAUCCCGCAGCUGACUCUCACACAUCUCCGUGUGCUUGCUGAGACGGCACUGUCUUACGCCGCAGUUGGGUGUCUACAUGAUAUCGGUGACUCUAACGGCCACUCUGUUGAGGAAUUUCAGGAAAUCCACCGUCAGAAGAUAUGCCAGUUGCUUGUUGGCCACCCAUGCCUAACUGGAAGAGCGUUGCUGGGUGAUCUCCGCGAGAUCGAGCCUCUCCUUGCAGGAGAUAGCUUUGUGUUCUUAUCUGAAUGCUCGCUUUCACUCCUGCGUGUCCUGAACAUCGACAUCCGUCAUUUGAUUCAGAUGUGUUACGUGGCUGAGAUUGUCAAGGUUGCUGUUACGUACAUUCUGUCACCGUCGGGUUUGAAGCAGGAGUUGGCUCAGCAUGGAGACGCACAUUACUUGAUGGACGUGGAGUUGUCGGAUGAGCGAUACGGAGUUAUUCGACACUUCUUUGAUUCUAUUGUUGGGGAGCUCAGAGGACAAGGGGAAAGCACAUCGUUCCCCGCAGAGAGUGGUUAUGUGAAGGAUGAGGAGUCGGCGACCCCAGGCGUCAUCAUCGCAUUGAGACGUCUGAUUUCAAGCUAUGCGUUGACCUUCCUUCGUAAGGCAGUGAUUCUUCUCCACGUGCAACACGGCGUCGAAUUCCCCAACACUGGCUUCAACGACGAAGACGCAUCGGAGCUCGACCGUCUUACGAAGGUGCUGCGUCUCCCGUCGCUGGAUGAGGUCUUUGCUUCCGUCAACCCUGCCAACAAGAACACAAACCCAUUUGAUGCAGUGGUAUCGGGAUGGAUCUUCCACUGGAAUGUCUCUCGCUCGGAAGUCCGCGUUGCCGAUCACAAGCCGUGGCCGAGCCUUGCCCAUCCGGCAAUCUUCGAGCUUGUCGGCCUACCGAAGUACUAUGAUAGUUUGAUUGAAGAGGCAAACCGGAGACGUUGCCCCAACUCCAAGAAGGAGCUGAGUGACCCGAGUAUCUGUCUCUUCUGUGGCGACAUCUUCUGCUCGCAAGCCGUGUGCUGCAUGGACCGCAAGAUGGGCGGAUGCAACCAGCAUCUCCGGAAAUGCGGAAAGAACAUUGGUCUUUUCAUCAACAUCCGCAAGUGCACCGUUCUCUACCUUCACAAGCACAACGGCUCAUGGCACUACGCACCGUAUCUCGACCGUCAUGGCGAAGUCGACCCUGGCCUUCGACGAAACCGCCAGCUCAUCCUCAACCAAAAACGAUACGACCGACUUCUUCGUGACGUGUGGCUGUCGCAUGGCAUUCCGGCGACGGUCAGCCGAAAGUUGGAAGCAGACAUCAACAACGGGGGAUGGGAAACGAUCUAA